CGGUCUUACGUGUGUGUAUCCCGGUCUAGCAUUUAAUCGGGAAACAUUGAAUAGAGCUGAAUGGUUUUUUUCCUUUAAAAUUUUCGGACAAUUCAAUAAAUAUGCUUUAAUUAGUUGAAAAAAAAUAUUGAUAUAUAUAUAUAUAUAAAAAUAACUUGUUUCUGUGGUACUAAAAUUUAACUUAAAAAAAUAAAAUAAUAUAAUAAUAAAAAGUGUACAAGAAUUUUAUUAAAAAUAAAUGAAAUGUGAAAGAAUAUAAAAGAUAAAAGAUUAAAAUUUUAAAAUUGUGCUAUACAAAAAAAAAAAAAGAAAAAAAAGAAACAGAAAACGUUGUUAAAUAUAAAAAUUAAGAAAAAAAAAAACGAAAAUCAAUAAGUGGAUAUAAGAAAUUAAUUAAAAAAAUAAAAUUAUAAUGAAAAUUUAUGAAAAUAGUUAAAUAAAAAAAAAAUUAUUAAUAAAGUGUCAAAUUGAUUAAAAUUUAAUCAUUUUUUAUUAUAAUUAAAAAUUAAUAAAAAUUAAUAUUUGAUUGCAAUUAUAUUAUUAAUUAUUAAUUAAAUUAAAUAUAUACUAAAUGUGUAUAAGCAUGUAUAUAUAUAGUUAUGUAUACAAUUAAAAAAAUGAAUAAUAUAAAUUAAAUAAAUAAAACAAAACAGAAUUUUGAAGGAAUCUUAAUACAACACAUUCAAAGUAAAUAAAAAAUUUAAAAUAAAAUUGCAUACAACUAGGCGAACAAAAAAAAUAAUUCUUCUUUAACUUUCAUACACACCACAAUAUUAUAUUACUUACACUCUAAAACAGCUGUAAAAAUAAUUUAUAUUGAGAAAAUAAAAAUAAUGAAUGAUUAAUAAUAACAAUAAUAAUAAUAAUAAUAAUAAUAAUAAUAAUAAUAAUUAUAAUAAUAAUAGUAAUAAAACGAAACACUUGUAUUUAUAAAAUAAAAUAUAUAAUUCUACAUUCAAUAUUAACAUCAAAAUAUAAAUAAAGUUUUAAAUAUUAAGAAUUUAUAAGAAAUAACUAUAAAUAAAUUAAAUAAUAAAAAAAAAUAAUAAAUUAAAUUUAAAUUUAAAAUAAUAAAAUAAACGAAAUUUAAAGAAAUUAAUUUGUAAACAAAGUGUAUGUAUAUUGUUACCAAAUAUUUUAAAUUUAAAUCAAAACAAAAAGAAAACCAUUUUUUAAUAUUAUGCCUAUACUUAUUUUAAAAGUGUAAAAAAGAAAAAUAAUACAGAAGAAAUAAAAAGAAAAGAAAAAUUAUAUAUAUUGCUAUAUAUAACGAAAUAUUCGAAAAAAUUUGAUAUAUAUAUAAAAAAAAAGAAAUUUAUUUCUAUAAUUUUAAUAAAAUCAUAAAAUCUUAAACGAGAAAACUUGGAGAAUUGGAGAUUUGGGAAAAAAUAAAUAAAAUUUUUGAUUUUCCUAUUAUUAUGAAAAAAUUUAAUUAUAAAUAUAGGUGAUUUCUAUUUCAUAUAUACAGACACGAAUCAAUUUGUUAAGGGAUUGAAACCUACAAAGUAAAUUCAUAAUUGAAUAUUCUGAUCAAAGCUAAAAUUGUAUAACAUUUUCAUUGAAAUUCAAAAAAUAUAUACUAAUAAAAUUUGACUAAUAAUUCCCCCGAGCAAAACAAAUUUCAAUUUCAAAUCAAAAUUUUACAACAGAAACAUCAAAAAAACAAACAAACAAAUUGUCAUAUAAUCAGAAGUAACAUCGAAACUGCUAGUAGGGAGUUUUUACUUCAAAUUUUAGGAAAUAUAAUAUGAAGCUAAAAGUCAUUGGUAAAUGUUGACAUUCGAUUUCUCCACCAUGGAGAUAAACAGAGCUUUGGGCUAUUCAUAUCGCCCAUGCAACGUUGGUCACCUGUUAAUAUGCACAUUAGGUAUAUUUGGUACUGUUGGACGCCUUAUAGAUGCAAGACAUCAUGACGUAUCAUCGGCAGCGGCGGUAGCUGCUGCGGCUGCAGCAGCUGCAGCAGCAGAUAGUUCAAUGUUAAUUGGGCCACAUGAACAUCAACGUGAUAGUGAAAUUGAAAAACACUACAAUUCAUUAGGGCAACAAAAAUACUCGUCACAGUCAUCCGUAUCGUCAGCAUCAUCAUCAUCGUCAUUAUCAUCGUUGUCAUCCCCUUCAUCAUCACUAUCAUCGUCAUCAGGUAUCGCAAAGGAUGAUGAUGCAUUUUUUACACCAUAUUUAGGCCAUGGUGAAAUUGUUCGUGUAGUUGAUCCCGAAUUAGGUACAUUGGAAAAAUCAGCUGAUCAUCAGCAUGAGCAUGAGAUAUUACAUCAAACACAGAUUUCACAUCAAAGAAGAAGAGGUUUAAGUCGACGUGAAUCAAAUAAUGAAUUUGAAGAGAAUCCACUAUUAAUACAAACAGAUAAAGGUAAAAUAAUGGGUACAACAUUAGUAGCUCCAACAGGUAAAAAAGUAGACGCAUGGUUGGGUAUACCGUAUGCUCAACCACCUCUUGGUCCAUUAAGGUUUCGACAUCCAAGGCCAAUUGAAAAGUGGUCAGGUAUAUUGAAUGCAACUUCACCACCAAAUACAUGUGUUCAAAUUGUGGAUACUGUUUUUGGUGAUUUUCCUGGAGCAACAAUGUGGAAUCCUAAUACACAAUUAUCAGAAGAUUGUCUUUAUAUAAAUGUUGUAGUGCCUAGACCUAGGCAAAAAAAUUUACCAAUUAUGCUAUGGAUAUUUGGUGGUGGUUUUUAUUCUGGAACGGCGACAUUAGAUGUUUAUGAUCACAGAACUUUAGCAGCAGAAGAAAAUGUUAUUGUAGUUUCAAUGCAAUACCGCGUUGCAUCAUUAGGUUUUCUUUAUUUAGGCGAACCUAACGCACCAGGCAAUGCCGGCCUAUUUGACCAAAAUUUAGCUUUAAAAUGGGUGCAAACAAAUAUUCAUCAUUUCGGUGGUGAUCCUAGUCGUGUUACUUUAUUUGGUGAAAGUGCAGGGGCGGUUUCAGUUUCAAUGCAUUUGCUUUCCGCUAUGUCACACGAUCUAUUUCAGAGAGCUAUAUUAGAGAGUGGCUCACCAACAGCACCUUGGGCCCUUGUUUCACGUGAAGAAGCAAUUUUAAGAGCUUUACGAUUAGCAGAAGCAGUGCAAUGUCCUCAUAGUAAAGAAAAUUUGUCGGAAGUGGUUGAAUGCCUAAGAGAAAAAGAUGCAAAAACUCUCGUUGACAAUGAAUGGGGAACAUUAGGAAUAUGUGAAUUUCCAUUUGUUCCUGUUGUUGAUGGUGCUUUUAUUGAUGAAACCCCACAAAAAGCUUUAGCUCAUGGCCGUUAUAAAAAAACUGAUAUAUUGACUGGAAGUAAUUCUGAAGAAGGUUAUUAUUUUAUCAUUUAUUAUUUAACUGAAUUACUUCGCAAGGAAGAAGAUGUUACUGUCACUCGUGAAGAAUUCUUACAGGCUGUCAAGGAAUUAAAUCCAUAUGUGAAUGCACCAGCACGUCAGGCUAUAAUAUUUGAAUACACAGAUUGGGAUGACCCAAAUAACGUUCAUACAAAUCGUGAUGCAUUAGAUAAAAUGGUAGGAGAUUAUCAUUUUACUUGCAAUGUAAAUGAAUUUGCUCACAGAUAUGCCAAGGAUGGUAAUAACGUUUAUAUGUACUUGUACACACACCGGAGUCGAUCCAACCCUUGGCCACGAUGGACAGGUGUAAUGCACGGCGAUGAAAUUAAUUAUGUGUUUGGUGAACCAUUAAAUUCAAAAUACUCAUACACAGAAGAGGAAAAAACAUUCUCCAGAAGAAUAAUGCGCUAUUGGAGUAAUUUCGCGAAACAUGGUGAUCCAAAUGCUGGGUCAAUUGAUAGUAAUGAUCCUGAAUGGCCAAAACAUACUGCCGAAACUAGGGAAUUUUUAGAAUUGGGAUUAAAUACAUCGCAUGUAGGUAAGGGGCCAAGAUUAAGACAAUGUGCAUUCUGGAAAGAAUAUUUACCGCAAUUGAUAACUGCAACAAAACAACAAACACCAGCCCCAACAACGCCAACAAAAUGUGUUAACUCAGGAAAUAUGUCUUUUAAAAAUGAUAACAAGUAUUUAGUAAAAAUUUUAAUUUUAGGACUGCUUUUAAUAGUCUCAAUUAAUAAUCCGCAAAUUAACUAAUAAUAAUUAAUAAAAUAAUUAAAAAGAAUAAAUACUACUUUAAAUUAAAAUACAUUAUUGAUAAAUCUAGAAAAAUAAAUAAGAGUAUAAUAGAAAAAAAAAAAAACAAAAUACACACACACACACAACAUAUAGAAGAUUUUUAAUAUUAGUCAAGUAAAG